UUCUGUACUAUAUCAUCAUGCAUUUAAAUUUAAAUUUGUUUUUACUGAACUCUAUUGUUGUGUGCAUUGUUGGUACUAACAUUACUAUCUUAACGGAUUGGAAAAAGACCACUUUGCAAUGUAUGAACAACUAUUUUGAAAAUACAAGAUAUUUGGCAAAUUAUGAUACUAAUGUAACAAUAUUAGGAUUGGACGAUAAAGAAGAAAGUAUGGUUCAUAAUGUAGUUCUAAGAAAUAUUAACGAUUUUAUGUCUCAAUAUCAUACACCUGAUUAUCUACCACAAGAACAAGGUCAAAAGUAUUAUUCUAAAUUAAUACAUACUCAAAAUCAUUCAAAGAAUAAAUAUUUACUAUUUGGAGAAAAGUCAACGUUUAAUAAUUUAGAUUUUUUUCAACAAAAUCACAAAAAUGUAGAAAUUGUUUGGUGUAUAAAUGGUGAAUGUGAAAAUUGCAUAAGUCAAAAACCUGUAGCUUUAGCAAUCGUGAAUAAAAUUCCAGAAACUAUAAACAUUGAUUUUGAUGAACAAAGUGAAUCAAAAAAUGAAGUCGCAGAUAAAAGAUGGUCAGAUGAAGCAAUACAUGGAACCAAAAGUUAUACAUUGGAACUUUCUCCUAAUUCAGUUCUUAUGGGCACAUCGGGAGAAACGGUUAAACUAUACUUCAGAGUAAUAAAUAAACAAUGGAUACAUCAAGAGUAUAAAUUUCAUUGCUAUGAUCAAAUGGGUCUUAUAAGAUCAGUGUUACCAACAAGUGUAAUGCUACCUCCAAAUAGUACACCAUUUGAUGUAAUGGUAGUUUUGGAAGUAAUAGGACCAGAAGGAUCAAUUGAUCAGAUUUCAUUUUCCGUCGUUCAACCAGAAGUAGAAACAAUUAAAGUUAAUUUUUACAUCGGGAAACUAAAUGGAGAUACGACACAACCAACCAUAGAUUAUAUAUUUAAUGGUGAUUGUCGUUUUGCAGAUACUCCACAUAAUUGUGCUUCCGAAAAAUGGAAUAUCGAAGCUACUAUUCAAGAUGAAAAUUCAGGUUUAGCUAUGAUUACAUCAAUACCUAACAACUUAUGGUUACGUAGUGAAUUCAGCAUUGGAACUAGAGAGCCAGUAAUUGUAUAUUAUUCAGCAACAUGUUGUUUCCCAAAAUUAGAAAUCAUUGCUACAGAUUUAAGAGGCAAUACGCUUAAAAAAAUAAUAAAUGCAGAAAAACAAUACUUAAAUAUUGCUGAAAUAGGAUUAAUAAUUUUAUCAGUAAUAAUUUUGUUAUUAUUCAUUUUAAUUUUUGUUUGGGCUAUUAUAAGAUGUCAACGAAGAAAAAGGAGUCGUGAAAUAUCAAGCUAAAUUACAAAAAUUUUAUAAUAAAUAUAUAUUUACUUGCAGUAUUA